AUGUCGGCAAGUUAUCGGCAAACGACUGUGGUCACAACCACGUCGACCUCCCCCGGAGGGGUUAUCACUGUUAAUCGGAGCUUUAUCUCUUCAAUCAGUGGGAUACUGAGCUGUCUGCAAUUGGCGUUCGCUCUGAUCAUCUUCAUCAUGACAGUUCAAACCAGAGACCGUCCUUACGUCCCCGCCUAUAAUAUCGGACUCUAUUUCGUCAACCUGACUUCGUUCACAUACUUGAUCGUGUUCACUCUGAUCCUCCUCGCUGCAGUACUAUCCAUAACGGGGACCAUCUUGCCGACAACGUUUUUCUAUUUCGUUCUCCAUUGCGCGGCUUUCUCGAUGUACUCCCUUGGAGGCAUCGCCAUGCUGAUCAAAGGCUACAACGAAUCGGUUCUCGUCGGAGCAGCUGCUCUUUGUCUUGUUGUGGGCCUGUGUCACGUCCUACACGCGAUGUUGAUACAGCGAGGGAGGGCCUGA